ACGAAGGCUGGCGCAGAAGUCUUCCACCUUGGUUGAGGUUCCCUCUCCGAGCAAUGGAAGGCCGGGCUCAAUACGGCGUAUGCUGUCAGUGGCUCUAUAAACCCCAACAGCAACAACUGAGAGAGAUAAAUACAAGGAGAAAUAUAAGAGAAGUUGCAGGAGGAGCAUAAUGGUUGUAAGCGCACUCAAGAACCUCUAUAGCACUACAUACAGCCAGGCCAGCUCCCCAGAUGGAUCUUUACUUGCUGUUGGAAAUAAUGAAGGGAAAAUUAUCCUUUUCGAUUUAUCAGGCGUAAACACAAGUCGAGAAACGGGUGUUGGCGAACGACUUGGGGGACCUUUCAAGACGAUCAGUGCUCAUAGUGAUGCAGUCUAUUCAAUGGUGUCUACAGAUGCUUUUUGUAUAUCUGGAACUACAGGUUUGAUUGCAGGACGUCGUUGGAGUGAAUUGAAACAGCAACAGUCCCAGGCAGCAUGGACAAUAUCCCUGGAAUGUGAUCAAGCCAAUUUUGGGACACCAGAAGUAAACAGCUUAGCAUAUGACUCAGUGAGAGGUCUUGUUUAUGCAGCGUGUGGUGACUGGCGCACUCAUGUAUAUGACCUGGAAACCGGCAAACGUGCACACACGCUGGAAGGCCAUGAUGACUAUGUGCAUGAUGUGGUUACCAGUGGUAACCUCGUUGCUAGCAGCAGUGAAGAUGGUCAGGUGUUUGUGUGGGACCUUCGAGCAGGAAGAGAACCACGACACAAAUUGGCACCUUAUACCCAGGAUCAGUUGGCUAGACCACAUCUUGGAAGAUUUAUUGCAUCUCUUGAUCUUUACAAUGACUGGCUUGUGUGUGGGGGUGGACCGCGAGCAGGAAUCUUUCACUUGCGAUCUCUGGCUUUAACAACAGUCUUACCCUCAGCCAAGUCUGCCAUCCAUGUUACUAGUUUCAUAAGACAUGCAGAAGGUGGUGAUCGAGGGGGUAUUGUGGUAGCAGGUGUAUUACCUCACCUGUGUGUAUGCAGCAUGGCCGGAGUGGUAACAGCUCAGCUCCCGUCUUCCUCUCCCUGUAUCUACACUGUCAAUGUGGCUGAUAAACCCUUCACUGUAUGUAUUAACUGUAGUUUAGAAAAAUGCUUUGUUAUAUGCAUUUCUUUUUUAAAUUUAUCUUCUGAAUAUAGAGAAGAGUGUGUCUACUGUUCAUGAUUCUACUGUAAGUUUCCCCAUUGUAUUGGGCAGUGUAUUAGGAAUAACCACUUUCAGGAGUUGGGUCACAUUGCACAGGCAUGCACAUGUAUAUAUGUAUAUACAUACACAAAUCUAGGUUUUUCUUUUUUUUUCCUUAAUAGUUCUUGUUCUUCUUUAUUUCCUCUAUUCUCUAUGGGGAAGUGGAAAAGAAUCUUUCCUCCGUAAGCCAUGCGUGUCGUAUAAGGCGACUAAAAUGCUGGGAGCAAUGGACUAGUAACCCCUUCUCCUGCAGAAAAUACUAAAAAAGAGAAGAAAAACUGGGAUGCUUGAAUUUGCAUGGAUGUAGUGUGGAUGAUAAGAAAGAGAUGAUUGGUAAUGUUAUGAAUGAAAAGAAGUUGGAUGUCCUAGCUCUAAGCAAAACAAAGCUGAGGGGGGUAGGUGAGUUUCAUUGAGAAGAAAUAAAUGGGAUUAAGUCAUGAGUACCUGAGAGAGUUAUAGCUAAGGAAGGGGUAACAAUAAUGUUGAAGGAUCAGUUAUGGAAGGAGAAGAGGGAAUAUAAAUGUAUAAAUUCAAGGAUUAUGUGGAUUAAAAUAAGGGUCAGAUGCAAAAAGUGGGUUAAAAUAAGUGUGUAUGCACCUGGAGAAGAGAGGAGUGUAGAGGAGAGAGAGAGAGAUUUUGGGAGAUAAGGAAGUGUGUAGGAACUUUUGAACCAAGUGAAAGAGUAUUUGUGGUAGGGGACCUAAAUGCUAAAGU